GGACACUGUUAUGCCAGGCCUGCACCUGUUCAGAGAAGGACCAGCUGCCUAUACUCCUGCCUGAGGGGUGUGGAGGGCUGUCCCUCCCAUGCGGAGAAUGGAGGAGGGGGAAAGGAGCCCCUUGCUGUCCCAGGCUGCUGCUGGCCAAGAGCAACACUUUACCAUGAACAGUUCACUUCCCUUAAGCCAUCCAGGUCCAGCAGUCCAGGAUGACCAGGUGGAGGCCUGGGACUGCCCAUGCUGUCCUGGAACCGAGGCUCAGGCCUGGAGGAAAGCCUGGGCGCCUUCCCGCCCCCUCUCCACCUGGAGCAGCUGCGUCAAGUACCUGAUCUUCCUUUGCAAUUUCCUCUUCUCUGUGCUGGCCCUGCUGGCCUUGGCUGCAGGGCUUUGGGGCCUGUCUGUCAAAGGGUCUCUGGGAAAUGACUGGGGAAGACCCCUGCCCCCAGACCCCAUGUUGGGGCUAAUGCUGGGGGGCCUAGCAGUUAGUGCGGUGAGCCUGGCUGGCUGUCUGGGUGCGCUCUGUGAGAACAGCUGCUUGCUGCGCUGCUUCUGCGGAGCUCUCCUCGCCUGCCUGCUGCUGGAGGCCCUGCUGGGGGCACUGGUGGGGGCCUUCUGGGGCCCGCUGCAGGCUGGUUUGGAACACAUUCUACGUGUGGCCAUCAUCCACUACCAGGACGACCCAGACCUGCGCUUCCUCCUCGACCAAGUCCAGCUGGGGCUGCGGUGCUGUGGGGCGGCAUCCUAUCAAGACUGGCAGCAGAACCUGUCCUUUAACUGCAGUUCUCCUGGGGUGCAGGCCUGCAGCCUUCCUGCCUCUUGCUGCAUCAACCCCCAGGAAGGAGGAGAUGUGGUGAACACCCAGUGUGGCUUCGGAGUGUUGCACCUGGACGAGGACGCGGCUGGACGAGUAGUGUACCUGCAGGGCUGUGGGCCCACGCUGCAGCGGUGGCUGAGGGAAAACAUGUGGGCUGUGGGCUGCACCGCCGUCACCAUCUUUCUGAUCCAAGGGACUCAGCUCCUGCUGGCUAUCUGGCUGCUGAAAGCCCUAGCUGCUCAAAAGGUAGCAAAGGAUAUAGAGCCAGACCCCUGGGAGCUGCCUGCACCCCCUUGCCCACUGGGCAGAGAUGAGAAGGAACCACCAUGCAGGUUGAGCUCGAGGGCUCUCACCUCCCAGGGAUGA